AUGCGCGUCACGGUGGCAUUGCUCUGCCUUGCCGGUAGUGCUUAUACUGCCAGUGCAGCGCAAUACGCUAAGUUCAGAUACCUCGAGUCCAGCGACUUUCGCAUCAUCAUCGACGCCGGGUCCGGUGCAUUACUCUCGAUCGUCAACCCUCACGACAAUGCAUCCAUGAGUUGGAUCAGUGGACCAGAGGAUACGCCUUGGCAGCCCGCCGGGAGCAGAUGGGGGCUCGGCUACGUGAAUCUAGGACCGCUACAUCGGAGUUUUUGGCAAGAUGCAAUUGUCACCUUCAAUGGCAACAGGGUGAGCGCCGCCUACGCAUUGGAUGGACUGGACGUGAACGUCACAAGGACGCUCAACCGAGACGGUGUCUUGGAGGAGUGCUACGUUUUCACCAAUACGGGUGCUGAGCCUCUUGCACUGGACGAUCACGGACCCGAGUCUUUUGCGAUUUACACCCCCUUCAAUGAUCACUAUACAUCUACAACAGAUGUCCUGGAACAUCGGGCCCAUGCACACGUCUGGGCGAACGGAGGGGCCUCGUCGUGGGUCAAGCUCACGCGAAUGGGUUUGCGAGGACCACAUCUCGGUAUUGUGCUCACGCAGGGCGCUUUACAGGGAUAUAGUAUAGAGGGGAGGAGUAGACUGACCUCUUCGGACACACGGGGGAUCUUUCUGCUCCACCCGGCCAUCCCAACGCUGGAGAGCGGCGGGUCCGGUCGAGUCUGCUGGGAGCUGUUUUGGCAUGAGGACUGGGAUGAGUUCUUUAAAAAAGCUAAGCAGCGGUCCAGUCAGUUCUUGCAUGUUACCGCAGAUAGAUGGACCGCAGCAGCAGGCGAAACCGUCAACCUAACCGUUUCCGGGCAAAGAUCGGGCGAGGCAGUGGUCCUUAAUGGCCAGAGGGCAGAGCUACAACUCGUUCCUAGCGGCAAUGAUUCAUAUUCGACGACCAUCCAGGCCGAUAAGCAAGGAGAGCAGGAGGUGUCCUUCACCGUCGGAGAGAGUGAGGAGCAAACGAACUCCACUAUUACCAUCAACGUCGUUCCCGAUAUCGACACUCUCAUUGCCAACCGCGUCAAAUUCAUCACGACAAACCAGCAGCUGAGCCUGGAUUUCCCAGACGAGUCAAAAGCGGGUGCGUACGCCGUGUACGAUAACCAAAUGGAAGGUAUCGUUACGUUUGAUACCUCCUCUGACCGAAACACCGGCCGCGAAAGGGUUGGCAUGGGAGUCCUGAUUGCGCGGUGGCUGCAGCAGAAUCCAAAUUCCAGCCCAGAUAUUGAAGACUCGCUGAGGAUCUACUACGAUUACGUCAACAACAAGCUUCAGGAAACCGACGGGUACGUCCGGUCAUGGCCCAUUGGCGCAACAGACGGCUCGCUACGGCUCUACAACUGGCCCUGGGUGAUGCAACUGCAUCUGCAGAUGGCCAAGCUGGGCAACAAGGAAGUGACGAGCCACGGCGACUACAAGGCCACGCCUAGCCAGCGCCUCCUGGUCACUAUCGAGCGGUUCUAUGCCGAGCCGGAAGCGAUAGACUAUUAUCCCAUCAACCUCCCCAUCCACGAGAGCCUGGUAUAUUUCACCGGAAAACGCGACGAAGAUACCGUCGCCCGCCUCUUGACGCUCUUUACAGCACACGGCGACCGCAUCACGUCCGUCGGGUCCGCCUAUCCCUCUUCAGAGGUGAACUACGAGCAAUCGAUUAUCGCGCCCGCAGCCAUAAUCCUCCUGGAGCUAUACCGCUCGACAAACGAGAGCAGAUGGCUGGACGCGGCUCACGGCCACUUUGACCGAUUAGAGGCCUUUAGUGGCCGACAGCCGAAUUUCCAUCUGCACGAUGUCGCCAUUCGGCACUGGGACGGAUACUGGUUUGGCAAGGACCGGAUGUGGGGGGACACAUUCCCGCAUUACUGGAGUACGCUGACAGCGAUUGCGAUGCAUCACUAUGCGGUGGCGACGGGAGAUGAGCACUAUAGUCGCCGAGCAGAGGGAAUUCUCAGGGCGAAUCUGGUGCUUUUCGACGAGGAAGGGAGGGGAUACUGUGCCUUCAUCUAUCCGACAAGUGUCGAUGGUCGGCCAGGGAGUUACCUGGACCCGUACGCGAACGACCAGGAUUGGGCGUUGGCGCAUCUUCUAGCCCUGAGGGAAGAUGGGUUGGGCGAGGGAGAUCCUUGA